AGGGUGGGAGUUCCCUCCUACUUUAACGGAGGGUGUGUCUCUUCAGAAGGAAAAAAAAUCCUCUGAAGGUUUGCAAAUAAGUCUUGAAGUUUGUUUUUCUUUUGCAUUUUUCUUUGCCGUGCCACCCACAGCAUUAGAGCCUGUUACAGUCUCUCUGGGACGUUGUGGUGGAGAAGAGCGUUUGCCUUGAAGUAUUCGUGUUGACCUGCCUUAGAGUCGGAUUGCGAUUGACUCGCUUCUACAAUGGGGGACGUUGUUUCCAGUCACCUGGAUGAAGCCAAGCGGGAUAUUAUCUCAGCUCGAACUGGGAUGGUGAUGGCAGAGUUUGGGCGUCUGUAUGAGCAGCAGUAUGCUGUAGCUCUCUUCAACAAAGUUCGCUUUGACAUGGAGGGAGGAGGUGGCCCACAGCCACAACUACUACAGCGCAAGAUUCCUUUGGAGAACAAAUCAAUCUUCUCUGGAUCACUCUAUCAGUGCUUAGAGGAGAACAAGAAAUGGAGGAACCGCUUCCUCUUUGUCCCAGAUACCUACAAUAUCAACUAUUAUGACAGUAAAGCAGCCUAUGACAAACACCUCCCCCCCAAAGGAACCAUCAACUGUGCUGGCUACAAAGUGCUGACCUCUAUGGAGCAGUACCUGGAUCUAAUCAGCAGCAGCCUCCCUGGUUUGAAAGCCAAGGUGGGAAGUGCUCCCUUCCUAAAGUUUCCCUACCAGUUCCCUUUGAUACUGUGGCACCCUUAUGCCCGACACUGCUACUUCUGUGUGGAGACCGAGAAGGAGCAGCAGAAGUGGCACGCUGUCCUACAGGACUGUGUUAGACAUACAAACGAUGGUUUGUCCGAGGAGCAUAAAGUCCAAACACCAGCUUUCACUGACACAGUCCGACUUUACCGCCAGGCUCAAGGGCACUUUGGCACCUGGGAAAUGAUGUGUGGUGUACCAUCACAGAUCCUGUCUAACCUGGUGAUGGAGAGCCUCCACUCUGAGUUAAGGGAGCUCAUCUCCCCUCGUCUCAAAGGCAAACUGCAUGAGAGGCAGAGGAACUGGAUGCUGAUAACAGACGCAGUGUACGGUAUGGUGCAGAGCCAGUGUCAGACCCAGUAUGAGGCUACGGUGCGCAAAUGUGAAGCAGCCCGCUCCAACCUGGAAGCUUCCAUACGAACAGAUAUGGAUCAGAUCAUCACAUCCAAGGAGCAUGUCACCAACAAGAUUAAAGCUGUGGUUCUUCCCAAGGCUGAGAAGUUACUCAAGGUGAGCAUCCAGCCAUACAUCAGCUCCAUUUUAGAUGCCCUGAUGGAGCCCACCAGCCGAGGCUUUUUUGAGGUCCGUGAUGUUUUCUUCAGGGAGCUGGUGGACAUGAGCAAGAACACCCUUAAUAAUGCUACCAAGGAGACUGUAGCACAGCACAUGGAGAAGAUCUCCAUGUUGGCCUUCCACCCAGUAAAGAUGCAGAGCUGCUAUGAAAAGGUGGAGCAGCUGAGUCUGGAGGGUCUGCAGCAGCGGUUUGAUGUCUCCAGCCCCUCAGUGUUUGUUCAAAGGGCCCAGAUCCUCAUGAGAAAGCAAAUGGACGAUGCAGUGUAUACAUUUGAACAGAUCCUUCACCAGAGUCUGGAAUCUCAGGGUGUUGAGGAUCUAUGCAAGACCAUCCAACGUUGUCAGGACAGAGUCAUCAAGAAAUUUGACUAUGACAGCAGUACAGUGAGGAAGCGUUUCUUCCGUGAGGCACUCCUCCAGAUCUUCAUCCCCUAUAUGCUGAAGCAGCUCAGCCCAUCCUGUGCCUCAGAGCUUCCCCGCUUCCAGGAGCUGAUCUUUGAGGACUUUUCCCGAUUUAUCCUGGUGGAGAACAUCUUUGAAGAAGUGGUUCUGCACUCAGUCAUGAAAGACAUCAUGAUGGCUGUGAAGGAGGCAGCAGUCCAGAGGAGACACAACCUGUACAGGGACAGCAUUGUCCUAAGCAACAGUGACCCCAGCCUCCACCUGUUGGGAGAAAACCCGUCCAUUGACUGGGCAGAGAAGUAUGGAGGAAAGCAGGGUGAAGAAGAAGAACUUGAGGAGGUUUCUGAGGGUGAUGGUAAAUGGGCAGAUUCCCAGAAGCGGAGAAGAGUAAAGCAGGUGGUGUCAAUGAUCCAAGUGGAAGGCUCCAGUGAGUUGUUCAAGGAGGCACCUACUAUUGAUGUAAUCCUGGAGGAGGCUGAUGGAGCCGGGGAGGAGAAAGCCGAUGGUGAAGCAGCCUCUGAACAAACCAGAUCUCCAGUGUCCAAUGUGUCAGAGAGCCCUCCAGAGUCAUCCAAUGGUUCAGCCCUAAAGAAAGAGGAAGCCAACCCAGAGGAGAUGAAUAAGGAAAAGGACCCAGUGAAGGUUCAAUUAGCUGUGGAAGAUGCCUUAGGUAAUGUAGAGAAGGAAAAGAGAGAAAACAUCCAGCCUGUGACUGAAGAUGAGCCAUCCUCAAACAAGGAGUCAGUCAAGAUGCUUUCAUCUCCACCAUAUCCUGAGGAAAUAUUAUCAGAAGGCACAAAAACAACUCCAGAAAACCCUUCAGACUUGUCCAGUGGUUCUGUUAUAAAGGACGAGAAAGCCAAACCAGAGGAUUUGUGUAAAGACACUGCUGCAUUUAACUCUGCUCUAGAUGGUGUUUCAGUCAUAAACGAGGAGCUUAAAGAAGUAAGCAAAGCAGUGGCUGAGGGGGAUGCACUCUGCAACCAAAAGGAGUCAGUGGUGGGUCUGCCACUCUUUCCUCCUUCAGAGGAAACGUUAUCUAAGGUAACACAAACCAUCUCAGAAAACCCUCCAAAAAUGUCCACUGGUUCAAACCUGAAGGAAGAUGAGGCAAAAGCAGAUGCCCCAUGUGACCAAGAUGUGCAACUGGAGACUGAAUCAGCUGCAGAGGGAGCUUCGGUUAACGUACAGGAGGAGGAAAAGAGAGAAAACAACCAGCCAGUGUUGAAGGAGCUGCCACCCUUCAACCAGGAUAAGUCGGAUGAGGGAGUGCCAGUUCCAACUCAACCUGAAGAAACUAAGGAAUCAACACCAGAGAAUCCUGUACUCAGACAUAACGACAGUGGCUUCCAGUCCCCCACUGGUGAGGUGGUGGAGCAGGCGGAGGUGACUUCCACAACUGACCCACAGGCCUAGGAGUAACUCCCUGUGGAGGAGGAGGAAAAUGUAGCCUCAUCAGCAGAUGCAGGGCACUGACUCGUGACUCUGAGAACAAAAGUCAAUGAUACAAUGAUUUCCACAUAAAGCUCUAAAGCUGAACCUUGAUCUGUUUGAUUUGUUUUUUUAGCAGUAAAGAACAUGCCUUGCUGAUUUAACUGCAUAUGUUUUCAGUUGCUACAGUAGAGGCCACUAAGCAGCCUGUUUUUACUGAAUAUGUUCGAGUCAAAUGUCAUUUCCACAACUCCUCAUUUGCCAGGACGACUUUGAGCUUUUAUUGUACACAUACUACACAUUUCUUUCCUCUUCAUCUAGAAAUAUGAGCACACUGGAUGACCGGUGUCUGUAAUGGUAUUACCAUAGACCAGUUGCUCGCACACUCUUGUUAAGGUGCCUUUGGUGAAAAGCUUGUUUAUUUAGCUUUUCAAUCUAUUUUAACAAACUGCUGUGGCCUUUAGACAAUCGCAGCAGUUAGUAUUUUUAUCAGUUGGGUCGAUGUAUAUAACACUCUGUGUUUUUGGAAAAUCAGCAAGAUGAUGAGCUCAGGCCAAGUCAAAAAAAUUAAAUUAAACUGGUUCCAAUUAGCCUACAGAUGAUACAUUCCAGAGCGGAACAAACAUGAAUUCAACAUCCAGAUGAAUGAGUUGUCUUAGUGAACACAGUUAAAAUUAUGGUGCCUAUUUGAGAACACAAUUUCUAUAGGUUUUUGUGUUUACAGCCCUGUGCAUGUCCUCUAUAAAGGUUUGUACUGAACAAAGAACCACCCAACUCUCACUUUUACUAAUCUUUUUUUUAACAUUUGUUUGCUGAUUUCUUACUUUUCUGUUAUUUAUUAUUUUUGCACUCAUUUCUUUUUUGAAUGGAGUAUAUUUUAUGUAAUUGUCUCUUGUGUGAAUAAAAUCAAACUGUUAUUGAUAAUAAACCAUUAUCCAUUAAAUAUC